AGUUAUCUCCUUACUUUCAUUAAGCAUUUUUCGUCUCUGAUAGCAACAAAAUAGGUAGCGUGCGAAGACAUAUAGAUAAUAGUUUAACAUUAGUUAUUAUUUAUUGACUGUUUACCGGCCAGGCACUCUUCUAGUUGCUUUCCAUAUAUUAGCUCAUUUAUCAGCACAACCCUAUGAACUUACUGUUAUUGUCUCUGUUUAAUAGUUGAAAAAACUGGAGCACAGAGAAAUUAAGUAACUUGUCUAAGUUCACUUGCUUAAUAAAUGGUGGAAGGUGGAUUCUAACCCAGAGAGUCUAGUCCUGGGUUAGAAGUAUGGCCUGUGCCAUACUUGUGUUCAGGUUUAGUGGAGGAAGACAGAAAUGUAAUCAGAGAGUCAAAACGGGAAAGUGCUGUGGUAGAGAGAUGCGAAGAUCUGAGAGCAUGUGGAAGAGAAAGGGCCUUCCAAAAGUCAAGAAAGAAUUUCUACAGGAAAGAGAUGCGGUGCUUCAUAUUUGAGCUAGAAAACCAAGCCAGAUGCUUCAUUGUUAAGUGACCUGGAGAAGAAUUGGAGAAUCACAGAAUUUGUUGAUCAGAACUUCCGAUUUGCAGGAGUUGAAAAUGCAAACUGAAUAAGGAAGAGGGAAAAUCCUACAGGAAUGAUUGACAGGACAACACAUUCACAUGCACCCACAUAUACCUUUUCAGGGAAAAAGUCUUACUUUAAGAUCUUUAAGAAAAUACCUGGUAAAUACCAGGAAUUUGAGAGAAGGCUUCAUCUGAACCUAAACCUAUUGGAGAGAAGCCCCAUCAGUGUGUUAUAAGCAGCAUGAGUUCCAGCCAGAUUUCACUCCAAAAGAAAUAUCAGAGUCUUAAUAUGCAGAAGAUAACUUCAAAGUGUAAUGAAUGUGGGAAAUCCUUUACUCAGAGAUCAUCUCUUACCCAGCAUCAGAGGAUUCACACAGGAGAGAAGCCCUAUGUAUGCAGUGAAUGUGGAACUUGUUUCUAUAAACAAUCAAAUCUUACUCAACAUCUGAGAAUUCAUACAGGAGAGAAACCUUAUAAAUGUAAUGAAUGUGAGAAAGCAUUUCUAACAAAAGCAAUCCUUGUCCAGCAUCUGAGAAUUCAUACUGGAGAGAAACCCUAUACAUGCAAUGAAUGUGGAAAAGCCUUUUGUCAGAGCCCAUCCCUUAUUAAACACCAGAGAAUUCAUACUGGAGAGAAACCCUAUAAAUGCCCUGAAUGUGGCAAAGCAUUCCGUCAGAGCAUAUGCCUUACUCGUCAUCAGAGAAGUCAUUCUGGAGUUAAACCUUAUAAGUGUAAUGAAUGUGGGAAAGCCUUUAAUCAGAGUGCAUGCCUCCUGCAGCAUCAGACAGUUCAUUCAGGAGAGAAACCCUACACAUGUACUGAAUGUGGUAAAGCCUUUAGUCAGAACUCUUCCCUUGUUGAGCAUAAGAAAACUCACACUGGAGAGAAACUUUAUAAGUGUAGUGAGUGUGAAAAGACUUUCCGCAGGCAAGCACACCUUAGCGAACAUUACAGAAUUCAUACUGGAGAAAAACCUUAUGAAUGUAUUGAAUGUGGAAAAUCCUUUAGGCACAGUUCAGCACUUGUUCGACAUCAGAGACUUCAUGCUGGAGAGUAAAACUUGGGAUAUAGUGAGUGUGGAAGAUUUCUAUGAAAAUGUAAUUGUUUUUGUAAAUUCCUGGGAGUUUAAGACUCAUAGUCAUCAGCUGGGAUGAAUGUUCUGUAUUUUGAGUAAGAGUAGUGUCCUAAAAGGUAAAAAAAAAUUGGUCUCAGAAUUAGAUAAUCCUGAGUUUGAUGCCUUCUCUUACGCAAAUUACUUAUCUUCUCAGAGUUUCACUGUCCUUGGCUCUAAAAACAGGAAUAAUGGAGACACUUCCUAGGGUAGUAUUGAGAAUAAAAUGAGUCAUAUAAAAUAGUUAACUGCCAUUGUUUGGUUUUGAGUUACAGAUGAUGCAAAAUUUUUAAAAAUCUAAGUCUGGCUGUGGAAAGCAAGUGAACUUCAGCAUUAGGUUUUUUGGUUCUUAUAGUGUAUUUUUUCUUAAGAACAUUCUUUGUAAUUAGACUGAGACUUAAUGCUUAAUCUACUGAAGCCUAUUUAAAUUAUGUCCAGAUUUAAAUACACAAUUUAAGACCAAUGCAUCCUUCAGGAAAUUCAGACCUCAUCAGAGAAAAAUGAAAUUAUUGGGAUUUCAGUGGUGUACUUCUGUACUUCAAGAGUUUUAUUUAGCUUUUGAUAGCUCCCAUUAUUGGAUCUAUCACUUUUAACUUUAGGCUUCUCUUUUCCAUGAAUAUUGGAGGUGGGGGUGGAGGGAGAAGCCCCAAUGACAUUAACAAUAAAAACUCUUGGUUAGGAAAUUUUGUGUUUUUAGUGGGAUUGGGAGGCACAUGAGUGUAGAGAUAUUCCUUUUGUUAAAUAGUAGGAUAUAGAGGACAAUGCAAGCAUGUUGAACACAUGGCCAUACUUGUUUUGAAUUCUAGGAGCCCAGCACUAAAGGAACUUUUUCUUAAGGGAAGAGGAGGGUAAGACACAUUGAGUACGCAGAUGCUAGCAGGUGGUGCCACUGAUCACCAGUUAGUUGCCUUUCAAAGGAAGAGGAGAAGAGUGUUUUGAGGAUGUGUGUGGGUUGAAGGUAUCUCAUAAAGAAUGACUUUUUUAAGCUAUGAAAAAUUUGCACAGAAAACAAAGGAUACUUUUUAAUGGUGCUCAGGCAGUGCUAAGCUCUUUUUUUUUUUUAAAUAUUCAUUUUAUUGAGAUAUAUUCACAUACCAUACAGUCAUACAAAACAAAUCGUAUGUUCGAUUG